AUGACAUAAUAGUUUAAUGUACUAUGGAAGAUAGUAAUAUUAGUUGAAACUUUAUCAGUAACUCUAAAAUUGGAUAAUUUUGUUUCUUGGGAUUGGAUAUAAGUAUUAUGGUUGUUUUUAAUAUUACUAAUAUUAAAUGGAGUAAUAACUUUUGUAUCAGUUCUAUAUUUUAUAAUAAAAGUAAUUCCAACUUUGAUAAAAAAGAAUGAAAAAUAAAGAAGUAUUUAAUAUUAUUAAUAUAAAGUUUCCUAUUAUGUGUAAUUUGUUCUAUAUUAGACAACAAUAUUUUUGACAAAUAUCUUUUUAUAUAUCAAUCAUUAUGCCUUGAUAAUAAUUCUACCUAUUUUAUUCAUUAUUUUAACAUUAUUCACUUAUUACAAAAAGAGAGAUUUGGAAUUAUAUUAUACAAAUUUCAUAUUUAAUUUAGAAAUUGGAAAGGAUUUAGAAUAAAAACAAUAACCUUAUGAAUAAGCAACAACAAUUUUAUAAAGAGUUUCAACUAAUUAUUAUAAACCAAUUAUGACAAAUGUUGGAUAAAGAUAAUCAAGUUAACCACCAAUGUUAAGUAAUGAUUUAUAAUCUGUGAAUUCUGAAGAAUAAAAUUUAUGCAUUAUAUGUUAAGAUAAAAUUGGAGAAAAGAUUUUUAUGCCUUGUGGUCAUGGCAAAUUUUGUGCUCAUUGUAUAGGAAAUACUGAAGCUUGCUUUCUUUGUCGAAAUGGAAUUACUUAAAUUCUUACAGUAUAAUAAGAACAUAUAAGUUUUGGAAUUGUUGCUAAAUGA